UGGAUGGAUUGCUUUGGAAAAGUAACUAAAGACUAGAACCACUAACCAGUACCAUUGUAGUGAGCAGAGAGCAAGAGGAAGAGCUUAGGAUGACAAGCACAGCAGCAAUUGCACAGCCGUGCAUCAACCAUCACCAUCUUUCCUUCAACCAUGGCUAUUCUCUCUCCUCUUCCGCCAUUACAACAACCACCUUCUCCUCUCCCAGACUCCAUGUUUACAAAGCUUACAAUUCCAUCCAAAUUAACAACAAUCCCAACUACCAUCAAGGCCAACAACACUCUCGCAAUUCCACGAAUUCAACCACUUUUCCCUCAAUUCCGCGCAAUUCCACUGGUGCUAGUGAUUCUGAGUUGAGGGCAGUUCUUGAACUUGCUACAAAUUCUGAACUUUUGGAGAUUGAAAAAAUCCUCUUUGGACCCAGCUACCUUAGUCCCCUGCUAAAAUCAUUAAGUAAUGGGAUUGAACUGGAUCGAUUCAUGAUUGAGGAGGACUUUGAACAGCGAGAACAUUUCAUUGAAGUUCUUGAGUCUCGAUUUUUAUAUCUUGCGGCUGACGCUCGUUCUACAUUAAGAGGGUGGAGGCCAUCAUAUAGAAAUGUCUUGCUUGAUGUGAGAAAAGAAUUGAAAAUUCCAUGCUCUAAAAAAUUAUCGACUGAUGACUUGGAGGUGGAGAUCUUUAUUCAUAUACUUGGGGAAUGUUCAAGAGACUGGGAUACUGCUGCUGCACUAAAAGUUGGAUCAGCAGAACUAUGUUCUGUGCUUCUUAAAGGUGGUCAAUUGAUUUCGAUGUUGAAGCUUUCUGAAUUGGUAAGACAUGUUACAACUAGGCUAUCAGGAAAAAUGCUCUUUGAAGCAGCUAAACAUAAGCUGGAUAGCAAAGUUGUUAAAAAGGGGCUUACUGGGGCUGCAUCAAAGUAUCUUGGGUUUCACAGUCUAGCUGCAUUCAUUGGUCCAAUGGUGUGGGGAACUUUUUUGGCAGACGUCGUCAUCCAAAUGUUGGGGACUGAUUAUAUCAGGAUUCUGCAAGCUAUUUAUGCCUUGGCUCAGAUCCGUAUUCUUCGCAGACAUGGUCUAUACUUGGAUAAGCUGAAAGCGGGAUUUUGACAAGCCACCACAGCUUCAUAAACUUCUUGUGUACAUUGAUUAUAAAUUAUGUAUUAGUGUUCCAUCUAUGUAUGUUAUCUGUAUUCAUCGCAGGCAUGGUCUAUACUUGGGGAGUUGGGGUAAACUGAGGGGCUGAAUUUUGAGAAGUUGCUGCAGUUUCAUAAACUAGUGUACAGUUAAUAGAAUCAUCUAGUUUAUGUUUCAUUUUCUUCAUUUAUCAGCUAGCAUUCUGUAUAGAAAUAUUUUUCUUUUGGUUGGUAAUCUGCUAGCUGAUUGGAACUCUCUGAACUAGGGGAUCUGAAAUACUGUACGGGUAUAAUUUAUCCAACAUAAGUUGAGUGGACUUGUGCCUGGAUAUCGCACUGUUGAUUUGCUUUCGAAAGUCUUUCCGAAUUA